AGUGAGUCAUAGCUAGAGUCCUCAUAGGACUCACCUAGACGUUAGGGGGCGAAGUAGCAGCAACCCAAGCUUAUUAGUGCUAUAACCACUCACAUUUCUUCUCUAACUCUCACUUGGGAUGGGAAAUUCCAAAACUUCCCUGAAAAUGAAGGACAAGGUGCUGUACUUGCCGGCGGUUUCUCUGAAGCAUUUGCUGGCGGUCUCGGUUGCGCUGAAUGUGGCGUUGGUUCUUAAACUCCUGCACGACGGAGAUGAAAUGGUUGGGUGGUUCACGGCAGAGGAGACGGCGGCGGGAGCUUCAGCAAGUGCACAUCCGGAGACAACCUCUGCCGUUUCUUCUUCUAGUCUGCAGCAAGAAUUCAUCAAUCUUGACCAUGGUGAUCCAACCAUGUAUGAGAGCUACUGGAAACAGAUGGGUGAGAAGACCACAGUUGUGUUUACUGGUUGGCAAUCUAUUAGUUACUUUUCAGAUGGUGGAAACCUUUGCUGGUUCAUGGAGCCAGAUUUUGCAAAUGCAGUGAAGAGAUUGCACAAUGUAGUCGGAAAUGCUGCCACUGAGAAGUAUCAUAUCGUUGUCGGAACAGGAUCUACUCAACUCUACCAGGCGGUUUUAUAUGCUCUAUGCCCGCCCGACACCCCCGAACCUAUAAGUGUUGUGUCGGCCGCACCUUUUUAUUCACACUAUCCAAUGGCAACCGAUUGCGUGAAGUCCGGGCUCCAUAAGUGGGAAGGAGAUGCCAGUACAUUUAACAAGAACAGCAAGCCUUACGUGGAGCUGGUGACAUCACCCAACAAUCCAGAUGGAUCAACAAGACAAGCUGUUGUAAAUGGAUCUGGACUGUUAGUUCAUGACCUGGCAUACUAUUGGCCUCAAUAUGCUCCAAUUACUUAUCGGGCCGAAAAUGACAUAAUGCUGUUUACUGUGUCCAAAUGCACAGGCCAUGCUGGGACUCGCAUUGGUUGGGCUCUUGUUAAAGAUGAAAAAGUUGCAAAAAGGAUGACAAAAUUCAUGGAGAUAGUUAGCAUUGGUGUCUCAAAGGAGUCACAGAUACGAGCUGCAAAGAUUAUGAACGCCAUUUCCGAUGGAUACGAGGACAAGGAGAAGUAUAACAACAACAAACUGCCCUUCUUUAAGUACGGGUACGAGGAAUUAGGAAGGCGGUGGGGAAAACUGAGAGCAGCUGUGAACAAUGGAAAAGUUUUCAGCCUACCCAACUUUCCUAUUGGGAAGUGCAACUUUAGUGGUCAUGAGUUUGAGACUCAACCAGCUUUUGCAUGGAUGAAAUGUGAGGGGGAAAUCAAUGAUUGUGAGGGCUUCCUUAAGAAGCACAAGAUCUUGAGCAGAGGCGGGAAGCAUUUCGGUUCCAGCUCAAAAUAUGUUAGGGUUAGUGUGAUCAGUCGGGAGGAUCAUUUCGAUGAAUUUAUAAGUAGAAUGGGCGUGAUCAACUCUUCGGGCAUGUAGUUCAAUCAACAACCGAUUUUCAGUAGCUAGCUGAUAGAUGAUGCCAAGUAGUUAGUGCAAAAGAGCAAAUCAGAUAUGGCUAUCUAGGCCAGGCCAGUACAUCACAUUGCCUGCAUGCUCGCUGUAAUCCAAUGAAAGAUGUUUAGGUAGGUGAUAAGUAGUUGCUUCAUUUCACAUUUAUACUUUACCACAUCUCCAGAGACUAUUCCAUUCUUCCUAAUUAUGCAUCUUAUAGUGUGUAUGCAUAAUAUAAGCAUGAUCACCGGUGUAAUCUCAUGUAUUAGUAAUAUACAGCUAAACUAUUUGAGGAACCGGUUGAUAUUUACAAGAAAAGUUUUCAACUGACUUAU